GGGCGCGUGCAGAGUGGGGGAGGAGAAGGCGCAGAAGAGAGGAGGGGAAGAGGAGAAGGAGGGGAGAGACGAAGGGGGCACGGAGGUGGAGGCGCGGGAGUGAGGAGUGCAGUUUGCCAGGCGGAUCAUAGCUGGUGCUUGCUCGCGUGAAUUGUUCCACGAAAGGCAACAUGCCUACCUAUCUCUCGCCCAAGCCAGUUUGGCCGUGCCGAAGCUCUCGCCCAAGCUUGAGGGGGAUAGUAGCGGAUUGCAACGGAGGAAGAACCACAAGUGAACAGGAGGACCAGGAGGAGCAGCAGGAGGAGCAGCAGGUAGGAGGGCAGGGGGGUGAGGAGGAGGGGGAGGAGGAGGAGGAGGAGGAGGAGAGGGACGGAAGGAGAAGGGAGGGGAGGAGCAGGAGCAGGAGUAGACCAACAGCAGCAUGGAUAGAAGGCAGAGGGCACACUGGACACGUUCUGUGAACUGGACGGCGGAUGCAAGACUAGAGCUAAUCAGAGCGAAGAUAGACGAGGCUGCAGCGCUAGCGAACGUGCCUGAAAGCGGAGGGGCUGGGGGAGGCGGGGCAGCGGCAGGAGCGGGCGGGCAUCCGCGCACUUCCAUCUCUGCCAACGCGCGAUGGUCUGCAAUCAAGGCAAGAUUGGAUGCGGCGGGGCACUCCUGCUGGGAUGCGCCGAAGAUUCGCAAGCAAUGGAGCAACUUGCUACAGUUUUUCCGCAAAAUACACACGUACGAGAAGAGCGCGAGCAAGGACAGAUCUUAUUUCACGAUGGAUAGCAAGCAGAGGAAAUCAGCAGGCCUUGAUUUCACGUUCGAUCGGACGGUGUAUGACAUGAUGCUGGCUUAUCUGUGCUCGAAGGAAGCGGCAGCGGGGAAGGCCGCGGCGGGGAGCGGGGACUCGGUGCGCCCGCGGCCGCUCGCGGCCGGCGGAACGGCCGCCGAGGCGGCGGCAGUCGGAGCAGCUGCAGGCGCAAUUGUUGCGAUAGGAGGAGCGAAUGGCGGGACGGAAGGGGAGGUAGCAGCAGCAGCAGCAGCAGCAGCAGCAGCUGCAGCAGGCGAAGAAGUAGGCGGAGGAGGUGAAGGAGAAGGAGCAGCAGAAGCUGCUCCAGGCGUAGUCGGGCUGCUAGAGGCCGGGCAGCAGCGUCUCCUUCUAGAGCACCAAGAAGAAGAACCAGUGCAGCAGCAGCAGCCGCAGUUUGUACCCGCGGGCUCAGCCUCCGCCACCGCCGCAAAGGACGUCAGCGCCGAUGGCACAGAGGAUGCCGCCGGCGGCGGCGGUGGCCCUUGCACCCCCGGCUGCGCAGGUCUUGCAGCCGCGGGUGGCGCUGCUGGUGUCAGCGGCGGCGGCGCUGUCUACCCAGGAUUGUCCGACGAGGGCGGGAAGUUGGUCAUCGGCGCAGAGCAAGAAGCUGGGCGCGCGGAACCGGACGGCCACGACGCUGCCGGCCCCUGUCCGGAGGAGGAAGAAGGGGAAACUGCCGUCGAGGGGAGCCGAAACAAGCGGAGGCGCGAGUCCGCGGAGGGCCUCUCCGUAUCCGCCGCGGCCAUGGGGGAGCUCACUGCGGCCAUUCUCGAGGGCCAAGAGAGAAUGAUCAAGGCCAUGCGAGAUUCCCAAUCCGCUCACUGGAAUGAAACCAGGACCUCCGUCGGCGAACUCAUCUCCGCCGUCUAUAGAAGUCAAGAGAAGUUUGUAGAGUCUUCGAGAGAGGCGCAGGCGAUGCAUGCAUCGGUGCUGGAGCGCCAGCUAGCGCUGAUAGAGAAACAGACGGAAGUAAUUCAGAACGUAGGAAGCUCCUUGUGUGAAACGGUUUGUGAAACUCUGGAGAGGACCACCACCACACUAGCAACGGCCAUAACAACGUUCGCCUCGGCUAUGUCCUCGUCGUCCAGAUUUGCGAUGACGUCAUCUAGAGAUACAAGCUAAGCUAUGCUUUUCAGACCCGCCCACUCUGUUUGUGUUUUGUUUUUUACAAGUUGUUGUUCCUUACCACCUACAGUUCGCCGCCUCCUCCUCCUCUUCCCUGCUCGUCCUAGCUCCUCCCUCCUCUCUCUCUCUCUCUCUCUCUUGUUCUCUCUCGCUUUCACUCACCGGCUUGCGCACGAGCUCAUGAGGAAACAGAGGGCUUAUCCUGCCUCCAUCUA